CACCCAGUAAUACUAAUACAAGUAACAGUGGCGUUCUACUAUAAGUUGUACUUAAAACCCACUUCGAGCUGUUUGACCGGUGUUGCAUACUGAAAUGAAAUUGUUUGUACUUCGGAGGGGACGACUUUUGAAAGUGAGCUUUAUAGUCGUCACUUUCAUAUUGACCGUAGCUUUUUUCUUACCCAAACCAAAAAGUCAGGAAGAACAACAAAAAGAAAAAAUAGUAAAAAAAUACGAACCAAAGCAACGACCUGUAUAUAAGGAAGGAAUUACUGGCAAUUUUGAUCUGCCUCUCUAUAACACAGUACCAGAAGGACCUGGAGAAGGUGGGAAACCCCAUGCUGCUAAAGGAGAAGACCAGAAUGAAGUUGCUUCUGUAAUGAUGGAGUAUGGAAUUAAUAUGGUGGUUAGUGAUCAAGUUGCCCUUGAUCGAUCCAUACCGGAUGUUCGGCAUGAAGAAUGUCGAUUCUGGCACUAUCCAGAGGACUUACCAAGCACGAGUGUUGUAAUUGUGUUCCACAAUGAAGGUUGGUCAACGCUUUUACGGACGAUACACAGUGUUCUGAACCGAUCUCCACCCCAGUUUUUGAAAGAGAUUACUUUAGUUGAUGAUUACAGUAAUAAAGAACACCUGAAAGGAGAAUUAGAAGAUUACAUUCGUCAGUUUAAAGGAAAAGUACGACUUCUACGCAACAAGAAGCGUGAGGGCUUGAUUCGUUCUCGUACAUUUGGAGCGCAAGAAUCAAAAGGAGAAGUUGUACUGUUUCUGGAUGCCCACUGUGAGGUUAACACUAACUGGCUUCCUCCCUUACUGGCUCCUAUAUACAUGAACAACACGGUGAUGACAGUUCCUGUGAUUGAUGGAAUUGACAAGGAGACUUUGGAAUAUCGUCCCGUGUAUCGUGGUGACACCCACUUUCGAGGUAUUUUUGAAUGGGGAAUGCUGUACAAGGAAAUUGAGAUCCCUGAAGUAGAAAUGAAAGAAAGGAAAUACUUCAGUGAACCAUAUAAAUCUCCAACUCAUGCAGGAGGGUUAUUUGCCAUCAACAGAGAAUAUUUUCUAAAGAUUGGAGCUUACGAUCCUGGGUUGUUAGUGUGGGGAGGAGAGAACUUUGAACUGUCUUUUAAGAUCUGGCAAUGUGGAGGGAGCAUCGUAUGGGUACCAUGCUCAAGAGUGGGCCAUAUAUAUCGUGGGUUUAUGCCUUAUACCUUUGGAAAACUUGGUCAGAAUCGAAAAGGUCCAAUUGUUACAUUAAAUUAUAAAAGGGUUGUUGAAGUGUGGAUGGAUGAAUAUAAGGAGUAUUUCUACACUCGGGUACCAAUGGCACGUCAGUAUGAUGCUGGUGACUUGUCUGAACAAAUUGCUCUUCGUAAGCAGUUACAGUGUAAAGACUUCAAGUGGUAUAUGAAGAAUGUUGCUUAUGAUGUGUUAUACAAGUUUCCCUUGUUGCCAAAAAAUUUGCACUGGGGUGAGGUCCGAAGUAUGUUGACAAGCCAAUGUUUAGAUCCCAUGAGUUCACAACCUCCAUCUGUUGUGAGCAUGAGUCAUUGCCAUAGCUCAAGAAGCAAUAAGAUAUUCAGACUAAAUGAAGAAGGCCAGCUUGGGGUUGGAGAGAGAUGUAUUGAUGGCGAUACACAUCACAUCAAACUUGUCUUCUGCCGUUUAGGGACAGUUGAUGGUCCUUGGCAGUACAAUGAUAAUACUAAGAUGUUUUACCAUCGACUUCAUCGAAAGUGUCUCCACCUAACGCAAGAGAGGAGCCAGCUUCAUCUGCAGGAAUGUAAUCAAGUAAAUAAUGGGCAGAAAUGGAUUUUCAGAGAGCUUAAAGUUUAAGUUACUAAUGGUUUGAGCAUGAGAGACAUUCCUAGCUGUUAUACUAAGCAAAAAAAAAGGGUUAGUUUAAAACAAAUCUCAGUUAGAGGUAAGGUACAGGAAGUACCGGCAGAGCAAGUACAUACGAUUUUGUAAAUAAUUUUCUUGGGAGAUCUUGUAUUUGUGCAAGAAUAUGUUUCAAGUGAUACAUGUUGAAGUGAUGAUAAUUGUACAGAAAAAACACGUGUGUGUGUUUAAAUAAUAAAGACUCCAUAUGCAGA